CAAAUAGGUCAGUAGUAUUCUCUGAAUACUCAAUCAAAGUUUUAUUGAUAUCAAACCUUCAGUACUUGUUAGUACUUGUUUUUUUUUCUUUUCUUUUCUGGUUUCGUAUUGUUUCUACGCCUUUCUCAUGUUUUACGGCCUUGAUAAAGGCAUUGAUGAAUUCAAUGGAGGCAUACAUGUAUUUAGGUAUCCUGAUAUAAAUCCAUAGAAUGUGUUCAGUAGAAGAGUUAGUAUUAUUUUAUAAAUAUUCAAGUAGAGAAUUCUAGAAUGUUGGCUCCCUUUGUGAGGAUUCUUUUGUUUUGUUUGGACAUUCAUUGAUGAAUGUGACUCAACAUGAUUGGUUAUAAUAAAGUAAAUACUAUAACUGGGAAGUCAUAAAUCAUGUUCUUCUUUACUUUAUGCUCAUAUGAUUGCUUCCAAAUAUAUGCUAUCGCUGUUAUCAACAUAACAACAUUAUUGAUGUUUUACAAUAGCUUUUCAUAUGGACGUGGUUUUUGUUUUUUAAUUUGUUGGCUACAGUUCUAAGCAUUUAUAUAUAUAUUGAUAUAGCUUUGAUGCUAUUGUUCGGCUACAGUUCGAUCUAAGAUUUCUUUAUUCUUUGGGUAUCUUAUUUUGUUUAUGAGGUGUAUGUAAUUUGAAAAUAGUAUAUUGGUGUAUAAACUUUGUUCUUCUUUAAUAAAGAUGGGAAGGAAAAAGAUUACUAGUGAUAAUAGCACAGAGACGAUCAAUCUUGAAAAUGGGCAAACUGGAACUAAAUCUGCCAGCUGGAAUCCUCAAACAGUAGCCAUAUUUUGUGACUUAUGUAUCAAGGAAGUUGGAAAAGGACAGAGGCCUGGUACUCACUUUAAUAAAGAAGGAUGGGCUAGUUUGGUUGCAAACUUUCAUGCAGAGACUGGAAAUAAUUAUGACAAAUCACAAUUGAAGAACAAGUGGGAUUUACUGAAAAAAGAAUGGAAAAUAUGGAAAGAUCUAAUCGGAAAGGAUACUGGCCUUGGUUGGAAUCCCACUAAAAAUAUUGUCGAUGCAUCAGAAGAAUGGUGGAGGAAUAAAAUACAGAUAAAUCCGCAAUAUGCAAAAUUAAGUGUUCGAGGCAUCAAUCCUGAGAUGGAGGCAAAGUUAGAUAUGAUGUUCAAUGUGCUGUAGCUACCGGUAAAUAUGCUUGGGCACAUUCAUCUGAUCUACCACCACCUCAAAACGGCCAAGCUCCAAUGGAUGAAGUUAUUGCGUUGGAAGAUAAUCUUGAUUCUGAGGAGUUUGACCCUAAUGAAAGUCCACAGUUAGCUCAAGUUACCAAAGAGAUAGGAAAGAAGCGAGCGAAUUGUCAACUUGACACGAAAGAAUUGAAAGGGAAAAGAGGCAAAAUGGGAGGUGCUGCAAAACUGUCCCAACAAAUUAAUCGCCUUGUUGAGGUAGUUGAGUCUAGGAGUACCGCAUCAUCAACAUUGAUAAAAGGCUCACAAUCUACUAGUGUUUCUGAAGUAAUGAAGGUAGUUGAAAGUUUGUCAGGGAUAGAGAUUGGUAGCCAACUGUGGUGGUUUGCAACUGAGUUAUUUUGCUCCCAAGAGAAGAGGGAAAUGUUUUCUGUGAUGAAAGAUCCGGAGAUGAAGCUUCAAUUUAUCCUUCGUAAUCAAGAUAGGGAAAAUAAUAAGUAGAUGGGAAGGAGGAAGAUUAAUAGUGUCAUUUUUCGUCUAAUUUGCAUUAUUCUGAUCUUGACAUUUUUUUGUUGAUUAUUGUUUCAAUAAGUAUCAUCUUUGAGUGUUAUUAUUGUUGCUUUUUGUUUGCCUUGAAUAUUUAGCACAUAUGAC